GAAGCGUUGUCUGAAAGGGAAGUUGUGAGCUCUUGAACCUUUCUUUUACUGUUUAUGUACUUUUGUUUAUAAUUAACACAUAUAUCUAGUUAAUUAGAUAAAUAUAUUCAGUGAUGCAGAUUUUAACGGCUUAACUAUGCAUGCAAUUCUUAUAGUCGCGCAUAAACGUUAAGCUUCGUGACAAAGUGUCUCUCGGCUAAUUGGUAAGGCACGCUUACGUGCUGACACUUCCUUUGAGAAAACAUUGGCUGGGAUGUUGACAUGUGGCAUUGGCAAAGAUAUGGCAGAUGCUGAAAGUGAGUAUGUUCGCUCGACAUUGGCUGUAGUGUCUGCGCUUGAGGCAGUCGUGGUGCGCAGUUUUGGACCGAAUGGUGGCGUGGUACUAUUCACUCGCGACACUGGAGAAGUUUUGCUUACCCGUCAAGGGCAGAAUAUUCUAAAGUCACUGCAUUUGGAACACCCAAUUGCCAGAAUGGUUGUGGACUGCAUUCAAGCACACUGUUCAGUGACAGCGGAUGGCUCCAAGUCCUUUCUACUUCUGCUAGCCUCUCUGCUUAGAAGGAUCCAUGCACAGAGCAAAGCAUGCAGGGAAAUUGCAAAUGCCCGUGCCCGUCACCUGGCCCAUCAGCUAUUGCGCUUCUGUUAUGAUGGCCUGGAUGACAUCAUCGUGCAUCAGGUGAUGCCACAUGCCUCCUCACUGUACUCCUCCAGUUACCGUGGUGACACUCUGGAGGGGCUGGUUUGUGGAUACAUGGCAGGAAGAGUUGGGAUUGGUCAGGCUGAAGUUCUCGUACCAAUCAUCAGUCAGUUUUGCCGGAAAUGGAAUGUGGGCAAGGACAUGGCAGAGACUAUCAGAUUCAUCCACACAAACUUCCCUCUACUGCACUCAACAGUGUUGGGCUUGCCUAUUGGUCGGUCAUGUGUGCAGGAAGGGUUUCUUCUGGGCUGUGAUUGGACGGUGCUUUUUGAGCGUAAGAGUGAGGAGCCGAUCAGAGUGCUGGUACUGAAUGAGAGUGUGUUUGCUGUCAACGAAGCCGUGAGUGUGUUUGAGAGCUAUGUGUGUGACAGCCAUGCGACUGUGCGUCGACUGUGUGUGUGUGCUGAAGAGCUCGACGUGUGUGUGCUCCUCUCUCCGGUGAAGUGCCCCGACCUCCUCCUGCAGCAGGCUCGCCAGAAGCGGCUCUGUGUGGCAGAGUGUGUGGACCCGCCUCUUCUGGACCUUUUCUGCCAGCUCAGCCAAUCACGGCCUUCCCCUGUGGGCCGUGUCGCCAUAGUGACAUCAGUCAGCCGCGUUGUGUUGGGAGGGCAUCGGUUGGGCUGUGUUGGGCUCACACCAGCACACUCUUCUCGCUCGUCCAGCGAGCACAUCCUACACCCACACACACUUCUGCUCUGUGCCCCGGGGCCAGGCCCACUGGAUCAGUGUGUGAAUGCAUGUCAGGGAGUCUUCACGAUGCUGCACAGUGUGUGUGAGGCUGGACACUCGUUUACAGUGCCGGACCAGUCUAAGAACUCUCUCACUGACCAAUCAGAGGAGACACCACUUCAUCCUGUCCAAUCACAUCCCUCCAACGACAAAUUAGAACGAUCAAUUCCUCCUGCUUCUCGUCCUGACCAAUGGCAUCGGUUUCUGCAUGCUGGGCAUGUGGUUCCAGUGGGUGGAGUUUUCGAUGUGCUAUUUCAUCACUUCCUGUUGUCCUCUGAUUGGGUAGCUGGGCCUCGGGUACGCAGCUUAUUGGCCGAGUCUGUUCUUAGUGUGCCCAGAACACUCCACUCUCACAAACCCCGCCUCUUUAUGCAGUUCCAGGCCUCCUUACUGGACAAGCUCAACACUGGCCCCUCCCACAAGCCCUGGUCAGGUGGGCUGGAGAGUGUGUCCUGUAAACAACAGCUUUUAGCCUCCGUGCUGCAGUGUGUGUGCAAGCUGCUCUCCGUGGACAGAAUUUUACACACACGCUCACACACACUAAAGACAUCACACCAUGAGGAGGACGAUGAGGAUUGAAGUUUGUUAUUGUAUUUUUGUAUUUAAUGACAAAUCAAUAAAACAUUUCAAGCAUUAAA